CGCCCUGCUGCUGAGAGCUGCGGAGCGUGAGAUUGUCGCGGUGAUGGUUCGGCGUCCUGCCGUCUCAGUGGCUCAUCUGACAGCGCGCUGGAAGACUGGGGAGCUUCUUUUGACGCCCUGAGUCCCGAUCAGAAGCGACUCCCGGCUCUGUUAUUAUUGCGAGGACAGAAAUCGGCUCCCAUGCUGGGUGUUUUUUGUCUCGAGCUGUGGAUGAGAUCGCGGUGAAUCGACAUUGAAUGUCACCUGCAGACGCAAUGGAUUACGGACGGACUAUGGCCCCUCCGGUGCCGCCGCACAAUCCCCAACCCGCCCGGCCGGGACAGGGGUCGGGACAGGAGCGGCUGCUGAAGUGCGUCCUCCUCGGAGACGGAGCGGUGGGGAAGACCAGCCUGGUGGUCAGCUACACGACCAAUGGAUACCCGACCAAAUACGUCCCGACUGCUUUUGAUAACUUUUCGGCUGUGGUUCAAGUGGACGGGAGCCCAGUGAGACUGCAGCUGUGUGACACUGCAGGACAGGAUGAGUUUGACAAACUCCGCCACUUCUGUUACAGUCGCACCGACGCCCUGCUGCUCUGCUUCAGCGUGGUCAGCCCUGCUUCCUUCCAGAACGUCUGGGAGAAGUGGGUCCCCGAAAUCCGCCGCCGUUGCCCCCUGACCCCGAUCCUCCUCGUAGGCACGCAGUGCGACCUGCGGCAGGACGUCAAGGUGCUGAUCGAGCUGGCGCGGCGGAGAGAGAGGCCCGUGGCGGAAGAGGACGCCAGAGCGCUCGCAGAAAAAAUGGGCGCCGUCACGUACGUGGAGUGCUCGGCGCUGACUCAGAAGAACCUAAAGGAGGUGUUUGACGCGGCGAUCUCCGUGGGGCUGCGGCACUCCGACAGGAGGGCACGCCGGGAGAGGAAGGUCCGCAGCACCGCCGAUAAAAUGAAGAUGCUGUCCAAGUCGUGGUGGAAGAAGUACGUGUGCGUCCAGUAGGAAGGGCGAGUGAUGGAGUUUAUUUUUUAUUUUUUAUUUUUACACGAAACUGGAUCUGCUGUGGUUCCUAGAGAGAGACUGUUGAAUGUAAGGACGAUCCGGACGCAUUGGAGUGGUCCGAAGGACAGGAGGAGACGGUGCUGAGCUGAACUCUGUAGGUUGCGGAUGGUUUCAUUUCGCCGAGAACAAAAACCAAACUAAAAAUUACCAGCAGUCAACCAAAAGUAACAGUGCCAACAUCACAUGGAGUUUGUAUACUGGACUUAUUCAAAGAAAUGUGACUUGGAGGGAAGCUAAUGAUAAGGUGACGAUGAUAAUUAUGCUCCUCAUUUUCUUCUUUUUUGUUUUUCUUUAAUUUGGUUCCUUUUUUUGUGAGAUCAUUUGUGUUUUUAUGUGUUGUCCACCCUGUUUCAGACACCGUGGCUUUUUAUGGGAUGAUUUCCAAAUGACCAUAAAACAAGAAGUUAAAUGGGUCAAUGUGAACUGUUCAACUAAUGGAACCAAGUUUAAAAUGCAAUUAUUUAGUCUGGUAAAUCACAAACAAGUCGGUUUGUUGUUUUCCUUCAAAUAUACAGAGAGCUAAUGUGUAUCAGAUUACAAUCGAACUUAUUAUUAGUCUACAUUUUAUAAAAAUUGACAGAUUUUUUAAAAUUCAUUUUAUACUAUGAAAUUUAACAUAGACAGUUAUAAUUUAAGAUGUUGAUGCAGACAUCAUGCCUUUUUUUUAAGAGAUCUGUAGCGUAAACUUUGUACGUUAAUGCCUCAAGAACUCAAAAUUACAACUUUAUUUAAAAUCUAACCAAUGACGGUUAUCCAGGCAACGUGCAACAGAUGAGACUCAUUUUAGAUCUUUGAAAGCUUCAGUUCUGUAAUCUGACUGAAAAAGUUUAUUGACCUUUUUUUUUUUUUUUAUGUACUUCGUUCCUGUUACACGGCCGCAGAAAUUUCUAGGUAAUUUGCACUUGUAUGCAAUUCACAAAGAUGACCGACAUCUGGCCACGCAGUGGUCUGGAGACCAGCCGUUGGAUGCAAUUUCAAGAACGGAGUCAUGUCCACUGCAAAGCAAGUCUGAUUUAGAAGAUCACUGCGUGUUUUCAUUGUAAGCUAAAUCUCAGAAAGAUCAGUGUGAAGCUGUUUCCUCUUUCGAAACCGAAUAAAUGAGGUGAAAUGACCAAAGAGACUGAUUCUUGGUUUGCUUCUUAUUUUUCAGAAGCCCAUCCGAUCUGUUGUGUCUAUUUAUCUGUUCCCUCCAGGCUUAUACAACAACUGAACAACCUCGACACACGAAAAACUUACAUCCUUGAGAAUGCUGCGUAGAAAGUAUUUGCCAUGUGUGUAACGCCAUCGUGAUAAAUCUGUGUGGAUGUAGACAGUAAGUGACUCGUUCGCAGGCUGUGCUGUACGACUCUAAAUGGAACGAGUUCCUGUCUGAUACUAGAGAGGUUAAAGCUGAAUGAGUGGAACUAAAUAAAAUGUGAAAUAUA